AUCCUUAACAAGCAGUCAGACAGAGUUGUCAUGCUUUCGCUGCUCUCCUGACAACACUCCUAAAAGGGCUUGUGUCACCAUCCGUAGGUGCGGGACACCUCUGUCGAUCCUGGUUUGGGACGAUGAAAGCCAUUUGAUGUGUACCAAUUUGAUUUGGACCAAUCAGUUAGCUUACUUGUAAUGUUGUUGCAGUGCACGAUGCGUUGGCCUGGUACUCUAUAGCUACUUACUGUGGUGUAUGGCAAGAAGACAGUUAACGUGAACUGUCUAGCUUUAGGUAGCUGUCGCUAGCACAUUAUUAUAGCUUGCUAUCUAGCUCACUGUUCAGUAAGUAACAUAGUAACAUUUUUUCCAACGGUUUAGUAUAUUAGCUUUUACUUUGUGCAGGAGGGGACCACAUGUGUAGAGCUGUGUGUUCUGUAACUUAAACUUUUAUAGUUAACAAGGACGUUUGUAUUACUGUCAGCUAACUUUACACUGACAUAUUGAACUGCAAAAUGUCAAGUACUUCCGAAUCAAAGCGUGUCGGUUCGGUGGUAUCAGACCCACAACAUGCCCGGAAGAUUAUGACGGCCCUGCGUUCCUUUCAGUUAGAGCAGUGUUUUCAAGACGCAGUUUUGGUAAUCGACGACGAAGAAAUUCCUGUUCAGAAAAACAUACUCGCAGCCGCCAGUCCAUACAUAAGGACCAAGCUGAACUACAAUCCACCUAAAGAAGAUGGCUCAGUGUACAGGAUUGAUCUUCAGGGAGUGUCUAGCCCCAUCAUGAAGCAGAUUCUGGAUUACAUUUUCACUGGGGAGGUCUCUCUGAGCGAGGAGACCAUCCAGGACAUGGUGCAGGCGGCCGACCUCCUGCUGCUGACCGACCUCAAGGCGCUGUGCUGCCAGUUCCUGGAGAGCUGCAUUGCGGCGGAGAAUUGCGUGGGCAUCCGCCUGUUUGCGCUGCACUACUGCCUGCACCAUGUGCACCAUGUGGCCACAGAGUACCUGCAGACCCACUUCCGCGACGUGGCGGCCAGCGAGGAGUUUAGCGAGCUGCCCCCAGAUCGCCUGUGUGAGCUGCUGUCUAUGGAGAAGCUCAACGUGGGCAACGAGAAGCAUGUGCUGGAGGCUGUGGUGCGCUGGCUGGCCCAUGACCUGCAGGACAGACGGGUCCACAUGAAGGAAGUGAUGUCGUCGGUGUGGGUGCAGGGGUUGGAUGCGGGGUACCUGCGUGAGCAGAUGCUGGCCGACCCCCUGAUGAGGGAGGUGAUUGGGGAGUGCUGCAGCAACGCACUGGCGGGGAAUAACCAGCAGGGGGAGGCGAUGCUCGCUGCCUUCAAGCCGCGGGGCUACUCCGAGUGCAUCGUCACUGUAGGAGGAGAGGACAGGGCAACGCGGAGGCCUCUGCCGGUGGUACGCUGCAUGUGCCCCCUGUACGACCCGAAUCGGCAGGUGUGGAUCGAUCUGGAGCCCAUGAGUGUAGGCCGCGUUGGGCACGGGGUGGUGGCAGCAGAGGGCUUCCUGUUUGCGGUGGGUGGGAUGGAUGACAACAAAGCAGUGCUGAGCAGUGGGGAGAAGUACGACCCGGAGCUCAACUGUUGGAGCCCCAUACCCCCUAUGACAAAGGCUCGUCAGCACUUCGGUAUAGUUGAACUUGAUGGGUUGGUGUAUGUGCUUGGCGGGGAGAGUGAGGAUUGUGAGCUCCUCUCCAGCGAGGUGUAUGACCCCCACUUCAAAACCUGGACCACACUCUCAGAUAUGACCAUGGUUCGAAAGAUUGGCUGCUACGCCACCAUGAAGAAGAAGAUCUAUGCCAUGGGUGGAGGCUCGUACGGCAAGCUGUACGAUUCAGUAGAGUGCUACGACCCCAAAAUGCAACAGUGGACUGCUCUCUGCCCCCUCAAAGAGAGAAGGUUUGGCUCUGUAGCCUGUGGCGUGGCACAGGAACUGUACGUCUUCGGAGGCGUGAGGAGUCGCGAUGCAGACAACCCAGAGUCCAGUACGAUGACCACCUGCAAAUCUGAGUUCUACCACGAUGAGCUGAAAAGGUGGAUGUAUCUGGACGAUCAGAAUCUCUGUGCCCAGACCAGUUCCUCCUUCGUGUAUGGAGCCGUUCCUAUCGGGGCCAGUAUCUACGUGGUGGGAGACCUGGACACUGGCACCACAUACGACUACGUGCGGGAGUUUCGUCGUAGCACGGGAACCUGGCAUCGCACCAAGGCCAUGGUGACCUCCGACCUCUGUAAGACGGGCUGUGCGCCCCUGCGCAUCGCCAACUGCAAGCUGUUCCGCCUGCAGCUCAAUCAGGGCCUGUUCCGGAUUCGCGUCCCCUAACAGGCAGUUCACCAUAGGAACGGGGGCACCCCCUUCCCACCUCUUACUCACUCACCCCCACCACCAGCACCGCCACCCCCGCCACCACUCUGCAUUUACAGCCUGUCUGGAAGCGAUGGAAGGAAAGUGUGGCAUUGCACUCGUGGGGGAAUUUUAAGAUCGGGAUAGAGAUUAGGAAUUUGAUUGGGAGUGGGAAUGUGAGUCCACGUGUGACCAGGGGGAUACCUAAAGGUUUUAUGAGUCGUAUUGCAACAUCGGUUAUCUUUAACGUGCUGGUUGGUAAUAGUUUUACUUGCUGAUUUUUAUUCUGGUAGGGGUUGGGUAUUUGCAUUCAAAAGAAACGGCUUGUUGCGUAAGCAGAGCAAUCCUUGGUUUGCCUUCUCUGCUAUAUUCAUGUUACACCAUGGUUCAUUGUGGGUUAUGGGUAUAAUUAUCAGUUGCUGUUGCAUGCUGACUUCUGAGAGGAUUAAAAAAAGGCUCUGGAAGAACAGAUCAUUUUGGGAAGAAACGUCACAAUUAUGUCACUCAUUCACAAUGAAAGUCAUUUAGAUCAAUUGUGGCUCAAACCAAGAUGGUCAUGUAUUUUUCAGAAAGGGAUAUGUAUGGGGUUAGGAUCAUUUUGUAACCAGCAAUGAUCACACAAAAAAGUUUUGGCACAUUGCAGUAUGCAAACAUGUAAACAUGUACAUGAGUACACACUCACACAUUUAAAGAAAAGGUGAAUGUACACAUUUGCAAAUGUAACACACGGAUAUUCAUAACUAAUUUGAAAUGUUGUAUGGAAGUUGUAUGGAAAACUUAACAUGUGAUCAUGCUAUAGUACACAUCACACUGUGAAAGCUGUUGUCUUAAUAUUUUGGGGGCUGUUUACGUUGUUUCCAAGCGUCCUGCACACAACAAGUCGGAAAUAGAUGCAGUUACUGGUUUCAAUCUUAACCCUGUGGAAGUAUUUUCUGGGUGACCCUUGAACUGGCUUUCCAGUCAGUGCGGCCGGGUUUGGCAUCUGGUGACCCCAUUUGUUCUAUGCGAGUUUCAGCUGCUGCUGUCCAUUCUAAUUGAAGGGACUCUCUCACACACACACAGACACAUAUACGCACAUGCUGCAAAGGCUUGUGUUGCACACACAACACACACACACACACACACCACAACUCGAGACAGUGGACAUGGAACCUACCCAAAGUACGUGCAUUCAUUUGUCGUACUGACAAAUGCCUUACAUGAUUAAGACUCCGAAUAACUUACUAACCUGACAGAACAAUGUAAGCAAUGUGACACACUACAAACUCAUUAUUAAUAAUCCAGGGAGCACUGACAAAGGCCUGAAAGUGAUGUCUGUUUUAGCCAGUUUUACCUCAGACAAUCACAAUCUUGUUUAGCCCCACUGCCCAUCCGAACCACUAGACCCACCAUCCCAGAGGCAUUUUUCUGCACAUCCACUUGAUGACCAUCAACAAUCUUGUCCUGUUUUGUUUCUGAGUUUACUGUAAACAUAUGGAGUGCGGUGAGCGGGACAGUUAGACCGUGGCAUUCACUAAAUACUGAAAUGUGUGACCAUCCGAUCAAAACACUCCGCAAAGCACCUUUUUGAUACUGUGGCUUAUGUGUCUCCCAGACUUAUUUGAGUUCCCACGUGGAAUUAAAAUAAUUUGGGAAUUUAAAAAUAAUAUUAAAUGGCAUAACAGCUUUGAA